UGUGACGCUGACGCAAAUUGGUACAUAUCAACAUCUUUCCAUGCCAGACGAGGGACAAAUCCAAAAGCGAAUUUAUUAUGGACCUCAGAUCUCCAGGUAACAAAACUCGUCUGUUUCCAGCAAAAGCACGCAACUGAUAUCUUAGGAUUCUCCAAUAUACAAAAGGGUCAGAAGAAAGAAAAAUCCUCUGCGGUUCUUGCUGGCCUGGUCAAGAACGGCUCCGUAAGGACAUACCCACAAAACAAAAAUCAUCCUUUGCUACCUCCAUUGGUUUUUGCUCUCCGCACAAUGUCUGGUCCUGCUCCUGUCUCAUCUUCCGCAAGCCUCAAGAUAGGGAUCGUUGGCUUCGGCACUUUCGGCCAGUUCCUGGCGCUGGCCAUGAUCAAGCAAGGCCACUCCCUGAGAGCGACUUCGAGGACCGAUUAUUCUCAGCUGUGUGCUGAUCUGGGCAUCACGUUCUUCAGCGACGUGGCUGCAUUUCUUGGAGCAGAAAAUGAUGUGAUACUGUUAUGCACAUCGAUCCUGUCUCUCUCCCAAGUUCUAAAGUCAAUGCCGUUCCAUUCGCUGAAGAAGCCAGCGCUAUUCGUCGAUGUACUGUCGGUCAAAGAGCAUGCAAGAGACACUCUCUUACAAGUACUUCCAGAAGAUUCAGAUGUGCUGUGCACUCAUCCGAUGUUCGGGCCAGAGAGUGGUAAAGAUGGGUGGAGAGAUCUUAACUUCAUGUAUGAGAGAGUUCGAGUGAGGGACGAGAAAACAUGCUCAAGCUUCCUCAAGAUUUUCGAAAUCGAGGGGUGUAGGAUGCUUGAAAUGUCUUGCACAGAGCAUGAUGAGCUGGCAGCUAAGAGUCAAUUUAUCACCCACGCUAUUGGCAGAAUCUUGUCGGACAUGGACAUCAAAUCGACACCGAUAGAUACAAAGAGUUUCGAAGCUCUUGUUCAACUGAGGAAGAACAUGGAGUGCGAUAGUUUUGAUCUGUUCAGUGGGUUGUACAUCCACAACAGGUUUGCGAAGCAAGAGCUAAAGAACCUAGAGUUUGCCUUUGAGAAGUUGAAACACAAGCUGCCGAAGAGGAAUGAUGAGGAACAGGAAGUAAACCAGGAGUGCAUGGUGAAGAACAGCCGCUGAUAAAUUUCUUUUUCACUACAAAUUUACUGCUUAUCGGAACAGUUUCUUAGCUGUAGAAACUGUCAAAAAGGUGCCCCUCAAUUCACUCCAGAGAGAGAUUAUACUGAGAGAUAUAUUGCCAGAUUUCUACUUCUGGAGAAAUACCAGCUCCACACUUUUUUCAGUACCAAACAUUCUAGGCCUGGUGUCAAAACUGUGUAAUGUGUACAGAUGCAGUCUUUGCAUUAUCCUCAUAUGUGAUGAAUAUUUGAAAGAAUAUGACUUGGCAAUUUACAGUUGGGCAAGAGAAGAAAAAUAUCAACUAUCACUGUAAA